AUGAAAUCUUUUGUUAAGCUUCCUGGACCUAUAGAAUUUGUAGAUGACUCGGAUGAUGAUUUGUUUAUUGUUAAAACUGUACAAAAGAGUAAAAAUGUUAAGAUAAAUCCUAAACAAACUCCUAAAUCAACUCCUAUUUCAAAACAUUCAGAGAAAAAAAUUCCUGAAACAGAAAUAAAGCCACCAGCAGAUUCAUCAUUAGGACUAUCACCAAAACUUAGUACUCCACAAAGCUCUCCAAAGAGAGAAUCUCAUAACACAUCAUCCAUCCUAAGAUCACCAGUUCCAUCACCAAAACAAAUAUCACAGCAUAUUCAAACUUCUACUUUUAAAGUAUCUGAAGAUACAAAGAAUUAUUCAACGAUUCUUAAACAAAAAUCACCUGUUGUUGCUGAGAAUACCGAAGAAGCUACAAUAGAAGAAACCUAUAGACAGUUAUAUAAAACUCAUCGACAAGAAAACUUGGAUUUAUUAGCUGAAAAAUUUGAACUUGAGAAAAAACUUCGUAGAACAAAAUUAGAAUGUCAGAAACGUUUAGCAAAGCAACGCGAAGCCAAUAAAGUACUUAAGAGUACUUUAGAUGCAGAUUUAAUGGAAUCAAAGAAAAAAUUAUCAGAUCAAGAAGGAAAACUUAAGAUAUCACUUGAGAAUAGAAAUACUGAUGCAAAAUACUCUGGAUUGCAAACCGCAGAGCAUGAAACUCAAAAUACUUUAAAGUCAUUCAAAGAUGCAAAAGAAAUUGUUGAAGCUGUAACAAGAAUUUUGAAAUUUUCCCCUCUUUCAGAGGCUGAUUUCCUACCAAUUCUUAGUACAUUUGAUUAUUCCUCGGACAUCGGUAGGAAACUGGAAGAAUUCAUAAAUAUAGCUAAGGUAGCCCUUUCUGAUAAUCAAUAA